AUGUCCGCUAUCGUCUUUACGAUGACGAAGGUUAUGUUAAGCGAAGCGCAGUCACAGACCCUAUUGAUGCCAACACAUCACUUCACGAUCGCUGUGCAUGCAUUCGGGCUUGAGGGAUGUGGUGGUCGGGGUGACUUUUGGGGGUGGGGAGAUGAGCCACCCCCAGCGCACCACACCACUGCCAUUGCUACUGCCACCUCCGCCGACCCCCUACCAAAUCCCUCAACGACCUCGACAUCCGAUGGUGCUUCACACAAAGUUUUGCAGGAGCUGUUCGGCGUAUUAAGACGCUAUGAGGAUUUCAAAUCCGCAAAGGUCUUAGUCGUCGGAAAGGCGUGCAUUAGCCACCAUCUCAAAGACAGGUCACUGGAAAAAAUCGAAAUACUCGUCAACACAAAACUUCCGCCAGUCACGCUCCGGGGGGACCUCAUAUUCGACCAAUCCGGAUACUUUUCAAUGUCGAAUAUGUCGAAUGCUGACGGCUGCUCUUUCUAUAUGAAAGUGGAAGAUUCCAAUCUCAUCCCUUGCACCUUGGACACUGUAUCCCCACGGCAGCUGUCGCCCACGGCUAGGGACCUCAAACUUCAAAUUUGCUACCAGGCUUUUGGGAAAGUACACCAGCUGCAAUAUGUUCCGCGAGAGGCGAUUCCCUUUGCUGACCUCCCCUCCGUCAUUUUGAUGGAGGUCUUGUUGCCUUCAGAGACUAAAACAAUCAUCAAAUCCUCCCAGGUGUGGAACUUAGCCAAAAGGCUUGAUCCACAGUUUAGGUGGGAGGAUGGGCAGAGGAACGCUCUGGAGGCGAAGCUGACAAGGCUCAUAGAUCUGGGAGGAAAAGAUGAGAUGAGGACGCGUGAAGAGUGGCGUGCGGCCCUCCAUCUCCAUAUUGAUGAGCUGGCAGACGGGGUGGAAGAUGAGUCCAUGGACGGAGAGGAUGAUCUUGCAGACGGGGUGGAAGAUGAGCCCCUUGUGAACAAUCCUAAUACUUUGUCUUCCAACCUCCCUCCGUCAUAUGUCAUGCCCUGGCGUUCUUGGUGUGUUGGCGUUGGUGUAAUGGCGUUCAUCAUUGUUCUCUAUUUUCUUUUCCUUCGGGAAACCCAGGCUCCUGAGAAAAGGCACAAUACAUGGACGAAAUGGGUGUUCGUCAUUAUGACACACUUUUUGCUAUGA